AUGCAUGCAUUGGUGAAAGCAGCUCACAAGCUGACGGCAGAAUCAUUAGGCAUCCUACCUGAAUCCACGCAGCGCAAUUCGACAUAUUCAGCUACGAGUGAACAGUCUCAUAAUGGAAAUUUCGACCUCAAACCAGCAUAUCUAUCUACCCCAACCGAUAAGCAGAAUGAAAUUCAAGGUAUCACCCAAUAUCUAGGACCAGCUUCAGACCCGAGUCUUUCUGAGACUUGCCAAACGCCUGGGAAGACAAGAGAGAACCAAACACUCAAACCUGGCCCAAAUGAGCCGGUGACUGCCAAGACCUUGAUUAGAUUCGCUUCCAACAUCACACUAUCUGUAGAUACCAGAUAUUACGAUGAAGAGCUCGUCAAAUUGGAGAAGAAGAUUGAUCGUUUGAACACUUUUCAGAUCAUCACUGGAUUAGUAGGAGAGAUCGCCAAGACAGUCGAGCUUAUUGCACCUGCAGGCGCAGUUAUCAAGAUGAUUUCUGAUUUUAUGGGUCAUAUCAAAUCGGUCGUGUACAUGAAAUUGGAAGCGUUAGGAUUGGUCCGAUCAGCGGUUGAAACAACAAUUUCUAUUCAAGAAUGCCUCAUCUCAAUCAAAUUCAGUCUACCUGCACGUAUGUUGAUUACCAUUAGGAACUUCUAUGUGAGAUACUUCAUAGAAACAAAUACGAGGAUAUGGGUGAAAGAUAUGGAAAGACGUCUUGACGAUGCCAGAUUCCAGUUCAUACAAUGUGGCAUUAUGAUCAACGUCACGGGAGUAUACGAAAUCAAAGCCAUGUUCACCGACUAUAUGGGACAGUAUAGACAGCGUGACGAAUCAGCGUUACGACGAGUUCUUGUUGGAACUCAGCAGCUGAGUAAUACCGAUCUCAGUGACUUCCUUGGUUUAGAUAACCUGAGUGUCGGCGAAAUGCGGACUCUUCAAGAGGUUUUACGAAAUCAUCUCAAAGCAGAUCGUUCCGCCUCCCACUCUUCCCUAAUCCCGAUGAAAGAUGACUCGUCGUCCAACUCCCAGGUCGGGCUUUCAGAAGCAUCAGGAAGCUCGCAGCCAAUCCACCAAAUUUUCAUGGUUUUGGGGAUCAUCCAUGACGGUCCCUCCUUGAAUAAGGCGUCGAGCAAUACUAGUAACAUCGAAGAGGCACCGGAUCGAGUUAAGGAUUUUCUUGCUCACAUGGGCGGCGAAAGGCGUACUAUUUCUACUUUCUUAAAGCCAGACGACUCAAUCGAAGACAUCAAUCACCUCAGAAUGAGAUUGUUUCAGAGAGUGUCAUCGAUACUUUCCGACAAGAUAGCUCAUUCUCCAGAGCAUUACGAAGGACCCUAUAUUACCUACGGGGAUCCCAAAAAUCCGAAUGAUCCCCAGCGACAUCUUUGGAAGAUGUACUCAAAGUAUAUGGUCCGCGAGGAUGAAUCCACUCAACAAGCUUCAGUACAAAUCGAUGACCUGGGCCUAGUGAAAGAGCGGCUCCUCAGUGACGGGAACAAGCCCGUGGGAAAGGUAUGGAAGGGGACUUGGAAAGGCAAAACGGUCCGAAUCAAGUCAAUCAAGCAAUUUCCCCUACCUCAAUUGGUAGAACUCUGCUCCGUACAGAUUGAAAACUCACCGAAGGUCGAUUACAUGGAUCAGAUCAAGAAGUGGAGAGAUGCACCUAGUCCUUAUUUGAUCAACUUCGUGGGUACGGUCAAUCGAGACUCUGCUUCAUAUUGGUGUUUAGUGAGCGAUUACAUGCCUCAUGGCGACGUAAUGCAUUAUCUCGACAGCGAUAGAGCGAUUGAAGCCGAUCGAGUGGCUCUCGUUCAUCAAGUGGCUCAGGGUCUACUACAUCUUCACGUCCACCGUAUAAUUCAUGGCAAUCUCCGACCUGCUAAUGUCUUGAUCAACGACAAAGGCGAAGCUGUGCUCGCGGAUUUCGGUUACCAAGAGGGAGAAGAGGAGUCAAGUGCUCCUAAAGACUCCAGGCCUUUCAAAUCUCCUGAGCUCUUCGCCUCCGCAGAGGGUGAAAUCAAAGGGGUCGUACUUGGUCCGACAGAAUUAAGUGAUGUGUUCGCUUUUGGUAAGACUGCCUUUCAAAUUCUGACAGGCGAUGUUCCCUUCCAUGCCCAUUCUUGGCCUUGGCAGACUCGUUAUGAUCGACUCUGGGCACAACUUAGUACCGUCACCGUGUACGAACUUCUUGGCAGAUGCUAUGCUGAGAAUCCCCUUCAUCGAUUAUCGAUGAAACAGAUCAAUGAGAUCAUGUUGAAGAUAGGCCUUACCACUCACAAGGACAUACCAGGACUGGUGUUAUACAGUAUGAGGAUUAGACUCAAGUGGUGGGAGACUAACAAGAUGCUUCAAGAACAUACAAACCACCCUACGCUUCCGCGACAUCUACAGAACGACCUUGUUGCCCAGAUCAACGCCCUAAACUGCAGAUUCUUAGAUGAUGAGGUGUCAUAUGUUGAACCAUCCUAUAUAGGACAUGUACUGUUCAAUAGCGCUCCGAAGGUGAUAGCUCUAAAGUUAUCCUCAUAUCAGAUCAACCAAUGUACAGCAUACUACCUGAUCAAGGAUACCUCAAGUCUCUUCAAAUGA